AUGUCACCCGAAUUUACUGGACGACAGGUGUUUUCGCCUUCCUGUCCUGCUGGAGGUACGUGGUGGUCGUGCGGCUACGGAACUUUCUUCGUUGGCUGUUGCGCAAGAGAUCCAUGCGACAUCACUUGUGCACAAGGGAACCUGUAUGCCGGUGCUUUCGAUCCAACAUCAUAUGGAGAUUUUCCGGACGCUACGUGUGGAACUGGAAGUAAAUUCUACACUUGCGCCGCUGGUGAGACCUUCUGGGGAUGUUGUAAAACGAAUGCAUGCGCCCAGUCGGGUUGUCCAGAUGGUGACCUUGAACCGGCAAUCCUCAAUCGCGACGACUUGCUCAGCGCCUAUCAUGCGACUGGUGGCUUGACGACAGACUCCAGCCCAUCGCCCACAUUCACCUACAGCAAUGAAGCUUCAGUCACAAUAGCGGGUAUGCCCACGAUAUCUACUAUAUUGACGUCGACCACUGCAUCUUCAUCAAACACCGCAUCUCCAUCAAGCACUGCCUCGUCUACAGCCGAGGAUAAACCAUCCGUCGCGGCUAUAGCAGGUGGUGCAGCAGGUGGCACCUUUGCACUCGCUAUAAUCGCCGGAUUCGUGAUCUGGUUCCUAUACUCCAGAAGAAAGAAAGGCAAGACGCGUGAGAACGGAGAUGGAGCAGAGCAAAGUCUAGACAUCCUCCCCAUCUGCGUCAUGGCGGAUAAUCGGCAGCCAGAGGUGACCGAUGCACCACCAUCCUAUACCCCACCCACCCCAGGCGUCGACAACACCAUCUACAGCCCCUUAUCCCCACUCGGUCGCCACCCUCCUUCCUCCGUCUACUCCCAAGACACGAAUUUCGCUGCAUAUGCACCCCGCGAUCCGAACUAUGCCAUCGACACCCCCACAUACUACGAUCAACAACACCGAACCUACCCACACAUCUGGCAACCGCCACCCCAGGAACUGCCACUCACAAAGGUCUCAGCAUCCUUCCCCACAUCAGCGCUAACCAAGGCUCGUAAGUCGAUGUACGGAGAUGUUCGGGGGCCAUCUGAACUGCCAGGUGAUGAUCUGAGGAGCGAGUUGGAUAGUGCAGGACCGGAGUCGCCGGUAUUAGGCGGCAUGUGGAAAGAUGGUAGUGGACGUGGGACUCAACGACAAGGUUGGAUGGCGCCGAGGGAUUGGGGGUUGCAAGACAUGCGCACGAAUAGAAAUGCUUCGGGACAAGAGAGGUGCGGGGAGGGGAAAGACAAAGAGGAGGUAGAUGGUGGAGUGCAAAGACUGGGUGUGUUGGAUGCGAUUGAUGAAGAAGUAGAUGGGAGGGACAGGGUCAAUGGGCGGAGUGUUGAGAUGAGAGAAGUUAGAGGGAGAAAAGAGUCUGGAGGGUUCUUCUAA